AUGAUGCGACCGCGCGACCCUCGCUUCCGGCAACGGAUCAACCAGAUCUCGCAUAACCUCGAGUCCGCCAACGAAACAGCACAAGAAGGUCUCUACGCAUUCUCCCACAACUAUAUCUCGCCAUGCUUUGCGUCGAUUGGAAGCUGUGUCAAUGCAUGCACAGCCCCUUGCCUGCCGAGCCGGGAAGACCACCUGAGGCGGAGACGACGCGGACGAGCCGAGGCUAACUUUGAUUUCUACGAUGAUUGGGAGAACGAGGAAGAAGAGGAUAGCUUACUUGGAUGGGGGACCGGUGAGCUCGACAGGCUUCUUGCUGGUAGUGGCCUGGCGCGCGGGAAUGCAGAACAGCCGCGCCGGCCGAGGAGGAUGAGCUAUGGAACUCGGAACACGCGGCGACGGAGCACAGUGCAUAUUCCGGAUUCUCAUACAGACCCAACUGUGAUUCCAAGUUCAUCUUUCAUUGGGUUCCUUGAGCGCUUUCCAUGGAGAUUCGGUGCCCGCGGAGUGAAGUAUCGGCCUUCCGCCGCUGAUCUCCAGGAACACCCGGGCACCCGGCGCUAUGCACAUGAGGAUGAACCCUUGAUGGAAGAUAUGGAUGAUGACACUCAGUUAUCUCCUACCCCCGUUGGGAGGAAUCGCAGUGCGACUCAAUCGUCCCGUGGGACAUCCAAUUCACUCAGUUCGCGCGGUGAUCUAUUUCCUAGCGACGAGGAGGAAGAUGCGGUACCCCUUGACGAUGAGUUUGCACUUACAUUUACACGGCGAGGAACGGGAUUGGAAUCGGAUGAUCAAUCUGGGACAAAAUCUGAGUUGACCAAGUCUGGUUCUGCAUCUAGCUUGGGUGGUGCAUCGUCUAAAAAGAACAAACGAAAGAAUAAACGCCGCACGAAGAGAUUAUCGAGCACAACUGACGCUCAAAUUACUAAACCGGUUGAUACACCAUCCAUGGCGGAUCUCAAAACAGAAGAUCAGCGGGCUGCAUUGGAGGAAGAAGCAGCCAUUGAGAGGAGAAGACUCGCUGCACAAGAAUUAGCCUUGAGUCGGGGUUUUGAAUCAGGAGCAGGUGACAAGAUUCAGCCCGCUACAAAGCCCACCAACACAAAUCUCCUGCCACAAGACGCGGCUAGACAAUCCACGUCCCCAUUGCGAAGAUUCAGUGAUUCCUCUGGACAAGAAGUAUCCUCCAACCAAACUGAACCUUUCCCUGCUCUCUCACUAUCGCCUUCUUCUAUGGUACUGGAGUCUCAAGACCUUUCCAAAGCCUCACCGAGGCCCCUCUCCCCCCAUGAACCCGAUGAUACGAGUGCCCUCGACUAA